UUUCCAACCUCAUCCAAGAAAACGGAUCGGAGAAAGCCCAACCCAACUGUCAAGUGUCAACCACCAAUCAAUCUCUCUCUCUCUCUCUCUCUCUCUCUCUCUCUCAUGGCUACUGCCUCCGUGACACCUCUGUCGUCCGUCUUCUCGACCUCAAAACCCUCCUCAUCAAUUCCAAAACCUCAUCCAUCUUCUUCCACUGUCACCUUCAAAAUAGUCGAACAGGAAUAUAGUUCUAGGAAUAAACAAUUAGUACUACCCAAUAACUGCAAUACCGUUAGUAACAGUAGAAGGGAAUUCGUGAGAGGAAUGGGACUCGUACCGCUCCUUGUUACGGUUCCACCUCCGCCACAUUCCGAAGCUCGGGAGGUGGAGGUUGGUGCGUUCCUUCCGCCGUUGCCUUCCGACCCUUCCUUCGUCGUCUUCAAGGCCUCUCCCAAGGACACUCCCGCUCUUCGCGCAGGAAAUGUGCAGCCUUACCAGUUCAUCCUUCCUCCAACAUGGAAACAGACACGUAUAGCCAACAUACUCUCCGGUAAUUACUGUCAACCCAAGUGUGCAGAGCCUUGGGUGGAGGUAAAAUUUGAAGACGAAAAGCAAGGAAAAGUUCAGGUUGUGGCUUCUCCAUUGAUUCGACUGACUAACAAACCAAAUGCAACAAUCGAAGAUAUUGGAACCCCUGACAAGGUCAUUGCAUCCCUUGGCCCUUUUGUCACUGGCAGCACAUAUGACCCUGAUGAAUUGAUCGAAACUUCAGUGGAGAAGCGCGGUGAUCAGACGUAUUACAAGUAUGCUCUUGAGACCCCAUACGCGCUGACAGGAUCCCACAAUCUUGCGAAAGCAACAGCGAAAGGAAACACCGUGGUCCUGUUUGUUGCUAGCGCAAAUGACAAACAGUGGCAGUCAUCCCAGGAAACACUGAAGGCUAUACUUGAUUCCUUCCAAGUGUAAUUCCUUUCCAUUUUCUGCAAACUAAGUUCGUUCGAUGUUAAAACACUCGAUAUUCUUUCUAUUGGCUUAUAUCACUGAGCAAGAUUAUAGUGUUUGGAAUCAUAAUUUUAAGCUUUGCGAUCGACUUCUUGGACCUGCUGUCCACAGUUUGUAAUUCUUAGAAGGUGAUAAACUAAAGAAAAAGAGAGUAGUUCUUUCUUGUUGUCAAA